CCGGAACACAAGUAGUUGUUGUAGUCUGGUCAGAGCGAGCCGCGGUGCGGAGGAGAGGUCAGUCCACGGCUGCAUCUUCACACGGACGCGCUCUCUGCACAGGUUCAUGGACACUAACUGACCAUACCCAGGGCCCGCCCGAGUGAGGCAACACAGGCAAACAAACAGCACCGCAACAUUUUCACGACAGAGCGGACUGAUAUAGGACAUGUGUGCUGCAGUGUAUGUCCUGUCGACGGUCACGGGCUACGUGCUCACCUCUGCCCUGCUGCUGAAAUGCCCAACCCUGUUGCACCGGAGGAAGCGAGAGCCUUUCCUCAGCAGACACAUUUCCCACCGUGGAGGUGCCGGUGAAAACCUGGAAAACACCAUGGCAGCUUUCAAGCACGCAGUGAAUCUUGGCACAGACAUGCUGGAGUUGGACUGCCACCUGACGCAAGAUGAAGAGGUAGUGGUUUCACAUGAUGCCAACUUGAAGAGGGCGACUGGCAUCAAUGCUCAAAUCUCCGACGUCGCCUAUGCCGCGCUACCUCCAUACCUCUGCAAGCUGGGUGUAACUUUUCAGAGGGAGUGUUUCUGCGAAGGAGGAGAGGACAAACGCAUCCCUCUCCUCAGGGACGUUUUCGAUGCCUUUCCUAACACCCCUGUCAACAUUGACAUCAAGGUCAACAAUGACACGCUCAUCAAGAAGGUCUCCGAGCUGGUUGUUAAGUACGACAGAGAACAUCUGACUGUGUGGGGCAACGCCAAUAACCAGAUUGUCAAGAAGUGUUACAAAGAGAAUCCUCGAAUUCCAGUGUUGUUCAGUUUUCCCAGAGUGUUGCAGCUGUUGGGCCUCUUCUACACUGGCCUUCUGCCAUUUGUUCCCCUCAAGGAGCAGUUUCUAGAGAUCCCCAUGCCUUCCAUUAUCACCAAAAUUAAGGAUCCUGACGGAUUAACUAGAAGUCAGCGAUUCAUCACCUGGCUGGCAGACACUUUGCUGAUGAGAAAAACUCUGUUUAAGCAUCUCACAGCAAGGGGAAUACAGGUGUACGUGUGGGUCCUGAAUGACGAGGAGGACUUCCGGAGGGCGUUUGACUUGGGAGCCACUGGAGUUAUGACAGAUUUUCCCACCAGGCUUAAAGGCUUCAUGGACGGGAACGGCCUUUCUAAGCUCCAGUGAGCUCAAGAAUCUAGAUUCUUUAUUCCAUCACUGCACAACAAGACCACAGUGUGAGAUCAGUAUAAUCAUAUCACAGUUAAUCUUCUAUCUAUGAAAUGGGACAAAAUGGCCAUUGAAACACGCAGUUUGCAAGUCUCCGAAGUUUUGAAUUAUGGCUUUUGACUUGAAAAUAUUUUUUUUUUACCAAUGUAAAGAUUUUAUUUAAUAAUUUUCACUGCCUUCAUGUAAAUGACAGUUUGCCGUAUUACUGCAUCUCUUGCGAGUAAGAACACCAGCAGAUGCAGCUUGAUGUUGAAAUGUAAUAUUAAUUUAGGUUGUUUUUUCUUCAAUCUGGCUGUCACGUUAACACCCAGGCCACUGUGAGAUACCUUUAUGUCUCGAAACACAUUUCAUCCAGACAUAUUUAUGUGCCAGAUGAGACACAAAAAGGUUUAGUAUCAAAUGAAUCAUGUGAGAACUGACGUCAGAAGUGCUGCUGCUCCAGGCAAAUUCAAUUCACCUGUGGAAUAAUCUGUAAAAAAAAAACGGGGUUUUUUUUUUUUCUCUUUCUUUUAAGUCAAUGGGCUGGUCGCUCUUUAGCUACAUCGUUGUAUGUUCGUGCGUAGUCGCCCACUGUCUACACUUUCCUCUGUGAGAUUAUAUGACUGAGGUAUCAUUUGUCUAUUAAUGAAUCUGAGAGAAGAUUUUGCACAAACUAAUGAACUCCAUGUUGCUUUCUUAAUUUUGUUUAUACCUUUUUCACCCUAUGUUAAUGUGAUUAUCGAGAAACAUGUUCAAUGGACAGGGUUUAAAGAGAACUAGUGACACAGAUACAUGUUGACUGAUUGCUGUAUUUCAGCUAUUUGAAGUUAAAACAUACAAAAGACAGCAGUUGACCAGCAAUACCUCUCUGUGGGCGAUUGUUAGGAUGACCACACCACUGACAUUGUGUUUCAGACUUGUGACCAUGCCGUGAGGGUCAGUAAUGAAUGUAGUAUUUGUGGAAUGUACUGUAUGCUGUUUGGUGUUUUACGGUCAAAACGUUGUUGGGAGUUUUAAUUACUUCACUUUGCUGUCUGUCAUUCUAUAUAAGUGAACUCUGCACAGGUACAAAUCUGAUUUCUGAGGUUUGUUUUGUUUUGAAAACAUCCCAAAUAUUUUUUUAAGUACAGAAAGGAUUGUGAUCUCCCAAUCUCCGAUCACCCUUGAUUUAUUAUUCUCUAGAGUUUUAUUUCAUAACCCGUGCAGGACUGAUCGUAUGUUCGUUUUGCAUGCUCAAAUUGAUAUCUGAUAAGCUUUUGUGUUUUAAUAUGUUGUGAGUAAGACAGAAACAGUUUGUGGGAACUGGCUGCUGAGGACAUUUAAAUGCCACAAUCCCACGUGGCAUUUGGUGAGAAGUUUUUGAAAAUUGGCAUUUUUAUCAAUAUCAAUAAAAUGAAAAGAAAUAUUUAAA